AUGCAAGAGGUAUCGGAGCAACUCCCUAGCUCCAUCGGACGAGGUGGCGUUGCUGCGCUACAAGCGGCCGCAAGCUGUUGUCGCAACGUCUCAAUCGAGCACGUGAUUAGCGCUGCCUCCAUGAUCCGCAACUGUUUUGGCUACUCCGACCAGCGACUAGUUAAAUCCGCUUGUCUGUGCGUUAUCCGCAUCAUCGUUUCCUACUACCGAUCCUCACCAGAGAACCUCAAGGGCUCAUCGACAGGCAUCCUUGAAUCAAUUCCCAAGAUCACGCACAUAUUCCUCGAAGUCGGUGUCGUUGACAUGCUCAAUCGGAUCUUGACUGGUCCUGUCUUCGACCACAAGGGAUACAUCGAGAAUGUACUCGACAAGACACUCAAGACGAAGGCAGAUCGUGCCUCAGUACCUCGUCAAGCCGCGGCAGCUCUACCUCCUAUCAUUCACGCGCGACCUUCUUGUUCUGCGACCCGUAGUUCGUCCGCCGCCCCUUCGGUCUCAGUGCCAGCCGAACAUGGCAGGGCGCCCGAACCGAUGUACAUCGACCUGCGGUCGUUCCUGCGGCUCGCGAUCCCUACCAUUGUCAUUCUAUACGCCGCCAGCCCGAUCACGUUGGUCUACAUCCGGACCUCCACCGAGCUGCUCAAAGCUGGCAGCUUCCUGAGCAAUGACAAGCUGAAUUUGUGCCUAUCGCUGGCUUUGCAUUCUCUAUCUUGUCUUCCAUGGAUUGUCAUUGGUGCACUCCAGCUCGUCGAAUCGCUCCUCGAGAAGGUGCCCACCGAGUACAAGGCCUCCUUCCUCCACGAACGCGUGUUCCACGAGACGUCCUCGCCGGCGGAUACAGAUGCCGCUGCUGCUAUGUCCAUAUCAGUAUAUGUGAUCAGCUCUUCCCCGUACAAGAAGCUCACGUCUGUCACGAUGGAGCCAGACACCGCAAUCACCCUCCGGGCCCCGCCUGAGCACAAGGCAGAGGGGUACUGGCGAUUCUGGGGAUGCCUCCGCGGAGCCGUCGGAUCCUGCACCCAGUACGACUGGUGCAACAGCGCACGCUCGGUGUCUCCCACCACCCCGGUCGGCAUGGCGUUGGCAGUCUUGACUGUCACCCAGACGUCAGCGCUCGUCCAUUCGCUCAGUGAUAGUCUGGACAAAGAAAUCCUCGACCUUCGAGAUACCCUGGGGCUCCCGUCGGACUCCGGGACAUGGCUUGCGGUUCUCUCCGUCCGUCAAGCAUGCCGCGAGCGCAUCUUUGAGCACCGUAUUCUAUCCGAGCUUGUCAUACACCGGGACGCCCUUCGUACCAUCUAUCCGCUGGUGGAAGGCGAGACUGGCGAUCUGUUCGAGGGGCUUUCUGCUGCCAUAGUCACUGCCCGCCAGCACUUCGAGGAGCUGGAGAACGUAUGGCAUACGAGGCUCGUCGAUAACGCGAUGAAACAGACCUCAACGCUCUACAGCAUCACGCGCGCCAUUUUGCCCGUGGACAAGGUUCAGGCAGCUUUCCACCGCUACGACGAAAUGCGGGUCGUCUGUCAGCACGUUAUGGAACGUUGCGAAAGGGGUAGGAAGGCUAUGAGCGAGUACGUGGUGGAGCUGGAGAAGGGCUGGCCGAACGUCCUUGACCGUACUUGCGCCAGAUGA